AACACAACCAGGAACUAUCGGAGUUGAGUCCUAUCGGAGUCGGGGAAUAAUUUUCACCAAUGGUUAUUGCUGCGUUUAGGGAAUAGUGUGACAGGCCCUCUGUUGGAUAUAACGUCCCAGCCGAUAUCCCUGCGUGGCGAUGCUGCUGGUUUGAUCUGUGCGCCACCGAGAGAGGGUUAGUCAUCUGCUGUUGUGAAGCCAGAGUGCGUCCAAAACCAUGGAAGAGACCAGUCGGGAAGCUGUCGGUAUGGCUGUGCAGCGAGUAGCAGGGAUGCUCCAGCGGUCAGACCAGCUGGACAAAGUCGAACAGUAUCGGCGCAGAGAGGCACGCAAGAAAGCCUCUGUGGAGGCUCGUCUGAAGGCCGCUAUUCAGUCCCAGUUGGAUGGUGUGCGCACCGGCCUCCUGCAACUACACACCGCCUUGUGUGACGUGAAGGACAUCCAGAACUCCCUGGCAGACGUCAGUAAGGACUGGCGGCAGAGCAUCAACACUAUUGAGAAUCUCAAGGACGUGAAAGACGCGGUAGUGCAGCACAGCCAACUGGCCUCUGCCGUGGAGAACUUGAAGAACAUUUUCUCAGUGCCUGAGAUCGUGCAGGAGACGCAGGACCUGAUCGAGCAGGGCGAGCUGCUGCAGGCGCACCCCAAGCUCAUGGACCUCGAGCGUUCCCGUGACGACCUGAUGUACGAGCAGUACCGCAUGGACAGCCGCAACACACAUGAGAUGGACCUCAUCCGGCGCUACUUCAGUCAGGUGCAGCCACUGUCUGACGAGCUGGCCAAGCAGCUGUGGAUGGUGCUGCAGCGCGCCAUGGGGACGGUGCGGCGGGACCCCACCAUGCUGGUGUCCGUGGUGCGCAUCAUCGAGCGCGAGAAGAUCAUCGACAACCGCAUGCUGGAGCGCCAGAAGCAGACCGGCUUCAUCCCACCGGGCAGGCCCAAGCGGUGGAAGGAGCGCAUGUUCGAGGAGCUGAAGGAGACGGUGAGCCGCCGCAUCGAGGGCACCCAGUCGGAGACGCGCGACUCUGACAAGAUGUGGCUGGUGCGGCAGCUGGAGCUGACCAGGAAGUACGUGCUGGACGACCUGCUGGUGGUGCGCCACCUGGUGGUGCAGUGCUUCCCGCCACACUACAACACCUUCACCUCCUUCUUCCACAACUACCACGCCGCCGUCGCCGCCAACGUGCAGGAGCUGGCCGCCGGCGACCUGGAGGCCAAUGAGAUCGUCUCGCUGCUCACCUGGGUGCUCAACACCUACAGCAGCGUGGACAUGAUGGGCCACCCGGAGCUGAAGGCGGAGUGUGACGUCACCCUGCUGGAGCCGCUGCUGUCACAGGAGGUGGUGGACGACCUGCUCAGCAAAUACAUACAGACCUUCACCUCCAACAUCACUGGCUGGCUCAGAAAGGCCCUGGAGACAGACAAGAAGGAUUGGAUGAAGGACUCGGAACCAGAGGCGGACCAAGAUGGCUACUACCAGACCACCCUCCCUGCAAUCGUCUUCCAGAUGUUUGAGCAGAAUCUGCAGGUGGCUGCUCAGGUCAACGACACGUUCAAGGAAAAGGUUCUUGAGCAGUGUCUGAGGCAGAUGAGCUCUUUUCUACACAGGUACAAGGAAGAGGUGAUCAACUACAAAGAGGAGCACUUGAAGAAUCGCCAGCUGCCUCAGUGCUACGUCCAGUACAUGAUCGCCAUCAUCAACAACUGCCAGACAUUCAAGGAGUCCAUUAACAGCCUGAAGAGGAAGUAUUCCCAGUCGAUUGAGUCAAGCCAGUAUGACGAGCACAUCGAGAGGACGCUGAACGACGUGGCCAGGGAAGGCUGCCAGUUCCUGCUGGACGAAGUCUUCCUCGAUCUGGAGCACCAUCUGACUGAGCUGUUGACCAGGAAGUGGCUGACGGGAUCCCAUGCGGUGGACACCAUCUGUGUCACGGUAGAGGACUACUUCAACGACUUUGCUAAGAUCAAGAAGCCUUACAACCAGGAGAUGACGAGCGAGGCCCACCGGCGUGUGGUGGUGGAGUACAUGAAGGCGGUGAUGCAGAAGCGGAUCACCUUCCGCAGCCCAGAGGAGCGCAAGGACGGCGCCGACCGCAUGAUCAAGGAGGCCGACCAGUUCAAGUUCCUCUUCAGGAAACUCUCCGGUAACGAGGAGGCGGAUCGGCUGUGUGACGCCAUCUCUGCCAUAGCGGAGGUGUUCAAGCUGAGCGACACCACCAUGCUCUCCCUGGAGGUCUCCACACUGGUCUCCAAAUACCCAGACAUCAGGGAGGACCACAUCGUGGCUCUGCUGGUGGUGCGUGGGGACGCCAGCCGUGACACCAAGCAGAAGGUGAUCGAGACCUUCACCCAGACGCGGCCGCCCAGCAGCCUGACCCUGCAGCCCAUCUUCAAGGACAUCACCGUGCCAACCAUCUCCAUGACCUCCAUGACCUCCAUGGGCACCAAGCUGCUCAAGUAAAAGAGGAGGUCGUCGGUGCAGGGGACUUUGGGGAAGGCGGGCUGCCAGCAAAUCCACCCAUCCACGCUCCGCCAAAAAGAGGAGUUCACCAAUUCUGAGGAUUUUCCAGGAGGUUCCUCCUCUGAGUCCUGGAUUAUUAAGCAACGCCAUUGUCCCCCAACAACCCUUCAGAGGUGUCAAUGCCAGGUUCAGAGAGUAAAAACCCUGCCACAAAUUUACAUCCAACUCUAAAUCAGCUGACCGUGAUAAGUACUCAAUAUAUUUAGUUCACCAGUUACUCUGUGAAGUCACCAGUGAUAAAGGGAAACUAUGGGAAGGUUUUUAUGCUCUAAACUUGUUUUAUUGGCACCUCUUAACAGCCUUGAACCCGCCCGCCACCACCCCAUAUGCACUUUGAGGAAGAAAGAGACAGAGAUGACUCCACAGAGGCAAGCCAUUUCUCAAUGUUCUAGUAAGCACACUUGGAAGUGUGUCAGCCUAAUCAGUCACGCCCAGUGAUUGGAUACUCGGCAGAG